AUGGCAUCUCUGGACUUUGACCAGAAGUUCCUUGGUCGGAUAGCUAAGCAGACUGAAGAAACAAGUCCAUUCCUGUCCAGCGCUCUCUAUCAGAUCCUGGGUCUGUCAGUUCUCCUGGCCCGGAGACUCAUCCGCGCUCGGAAGCUUCGCAAGCUGGACACCAGUCGAGACACUCCCUCACUCUCGGCCUAUCAACAUAUCCUCUGGAUGUCUCGAGAGGGACUCUCCAUACUCGAGCUAUACGUGCUGCCCUAUGCGCAGGACAAUCAGCAUGGGCCAGAGUGCAGAGUGUUGAGCGUCAAGUUGCGCGCGAGCUUCUACCACAUCUUCUGCCUCUUCCACAACCAACCGCCCGUCACGACAAUGAACAUGACAAGCACUGAUCCUCGCAACCCUGCUCUUCCCCCUUUACCAAUAUCACCACCAAAGCAUAGUAAUGGACAUGGGCGCAAGACCGACCCCCCGGGCUUGUCACCCCCUUCGAAGCGCGCAGGCAAACAACCAGCAUUACGCGAGCCCAUCGACUCCAUCGUAUCCGAGACAUCCUUCGUCACGAAUCCUUAUGCAGCAGGAGGGCCAGUCGGAACACCAUCACCGGGACCGACGAUCAACGCGCCUCCGGGCCUCAACCCGGUUCCCAUUCCGCAGCCUUCCUCCUUCAUACUUCCACCCCUGAACUUCGUUCCGUUAGCUAGUGGGUACUUCACCACCGCCACUCAGUACGCCACCUCGUUUCUUCCUGGCUCUCAUCCACUGCGUUUGUCGGUCGCGCUCGAGCACAGCGCGUUCUUGUGGGAUUGUGUCCACGACCAUGAUGCCUCGCGGCGCGUCGCUCGACGUGCAAUCAAGGAUGUCUACCGCGCGCAAGAAGCAAUGGAUGACACUGAGUUCGAAGACGCUGCUGAGCUUGUGGGUAUCCUGGGCCGCAUGAUGAAGCGCAAGAGUUGGGAAGGUACGCCACGCGUCGGAGGCAUGGCGAGCCCCGAGCCUGUCGCACGAAAUACUCCACAAGCAGCUGGUGGCAGAUCGGAGCCAGCAACUAAACCUCUUACUCCUCCCAAGAUUCCCAAUCGGCAAAGCAGCAGAAGAGCAGCAGAAGCUCCACCACUUACGGACCCUUCCACACAGGCGCACUCAACACCUCCUACACGCAGUCGAGCAAAUACAGCCAGCAAGUCUGUGCCUCGACAAAAAGAAAGCAACGGCCACGAGACCACGCCCAAGUCGACGCCACGACGGCGUGCGGACAGUGACAGUCGCGACACCACACCCCGAAACCGGCAUGUCAGCGUCGAAAGCGGUGCCAGUACAACACCCCGGGCACCGCAGGGAGCAGGUGGCCGCUCUCCCGCGACACCAUCGACGGUCCGAACCGCGCACCGAACCUCAGGCAGCGGCGGCUCCUCAAAAGGAACACCCGUCGCGGGAACCUCAACGCCCCUAACCCAGAGCGCGGCCGCAACACUCGUUUCGGAUAACAUGCGCAACUCGCCUUCUCUGCGUCGCUCACCCCCAAUCCAACAACCACACUCCCCCUCCUUCCCCUACGACACGCGCCUCUCGCCCUCGCAGGAAAGCUCCUACGCAAGACAACAGAGGUGA